AUGUUCAAAGAAGAAGCACUGGCCUACUUGUUCACCCUUGAGACACAGAAACGGUACCUUGGUGGUCCUAGACUUGCCCAAGGGUUGACUGGUGUAGCCAGGACGGUGAUCCGAAAGAAGUUGGCUGUAGACCCACCAUGGCUGGCUCAUCCGAGGGGGGCCUACGACCUGAUAGAGCACUUAGAGCAGUCAUUGGGACAGCCGACAUUGAUACAGGCAGCUCAGCAUAUCCAGAAGUUCUUUUACCAGUUGAAGCGAAAGCGCAAUGAAACCAUGACUCAGUGGACUAGUCGCCACAGUGAAGCACUGUGGGAUGCAUCUCGGGCCUUGCAGCGUGUGAACUCUGAACAUGGCAGUGGAACCACUGCUGGGGGAAGCUCAAAGCACACGGGCAAGACCUAUAGUGAUGCCAGUUGGGGCCGACGAAGCCAUGGGUCAUCGACUGCAGCCCGUCGAGAUGAUGAUUCGAGGACUGGAGAUCGUGAUGGGGGACCAUUCGAUGAGAAUGGCAGAAUGCGUGAUGAUGGAGAGGCCUCUGAGGUACCGCCUGAUCCCGACUAUGAGCCCGAAGCCUAUGCGGCCUUCAUGGAUGAGCAGACAGUGAUUGACUCUGCCUUGGAGGCCAUCAAAGAAAAGAAAAGAACCUUGCAGGAAGCCAGGUGGCGACAACAGCAGGUCCGCAGUGGCCGGAAAUUCUAUGCACCACCGGCGAACAAAGGCGGUGGCAAAGGGCACUUCAGACAUGGAGAUCGAGAUCAAGGACCCCAGAAGUGCUUGAAAUGUGGGGGACCACAUCAAACUGCCAACUGCCAGGUGCAGAGAAAGCCCCAGGCCAACGUGACAGAGGAGGCGGAAGUGGCCUUCCAGGCACAACAUGACUCGUUGUCGUGUGAGCAAGCGCAAGUGUCAGCUGAGGACCUGGCAGAUCUUCGUCGCGAGAUGAUGGAGCCGCACUCCGACAGUUCUUUCGUCAAGGUGAAACCGUCCGAUUCCGAGCAGGAGUUGGAGAGGGUGAAGGCCGAGUUGGAGCAGUUGAAAUCGGAGAACGCCCAGUUGACUCGUCAGGCGGAGCGCAGCAAGUCCCGCAAGGAGAUGUGA